GACGAUUAGAACGUGCGAAUCGCGUGUUUGAAAAGCGAGAAAGUACCAGUGGUAUCAAGUGAAACAUGGAAUUAUGUAAAUUCUGACAGUAGUCGCGCGCGACCUUGAGGAUGUUACGAUGGCCUUGACAGACGGACGUGUAGGACGAAAUUGUGUGUUUUGGUGGCUAGUUGUGUUCAUUGCAUCGGUGGAGAGGUGUAGUGGGGGUGAAUCCAAAUCUAGCAAACAAGUAAGAUGUAUGGAAAAUGGAAGAUUCUAUCGAGAUCCAGGAAGAUUAGCUCACACCAUGUGGACCUUAGAAGAAUGUUCCAGAUACUUCCUUUGCCUGGAUGGUGAAGUUUUUGAGUUCAGGUGUUCGAUUGGUCUUCUAUUUGACGUUAACCGUCAGAUAUGUGAUUUCAAACUGAACGUUGAUAACUGUGAUAUUACUACUGAAGUAGUUAUACCGAAACCACUCCUGGACCAAGUGGAAUGUUCAGAGAAGGAUCACUUAGCCUGUGCAGACAGUACCUGCUUACCGCAAGAGUAUUUUUGCGAUGGUUCUAUGGACUGCCCAGAUGGCAGUGAUGAGGCAUAUUGCAACGUGAAGGAGGAUCCUAAUGGUGCCAAGCCCUGUGAUAGAAAGAAAUGCAGCUUGCCUGGAUGUUUUUGCUCUGAGACUGGUACUGAAGUACCUGGAGGCCUUCAAGCCUCACUGGUGCCUCAGAUGAUAACGCUGACCUUCGACGAUGCAAUAAACAAUGAGAAUUGGGACAUCUACAAAAGAAUAUUCAACCCAGCCUAUCGAAAUCCCAACGGCUGUCCUAUAAGGGCGACGUUCUUCGUCAGCCAUCAGUACAAUAACUAUUAUUACACUCAGAAGCUGUGGAAUGAUGGACAUGAAAUGGCUAUACAUUCCGUAACGCACAGGGGUCCAGAGGAGUGGUGGUCACAUAACGCCACUAUUGAGGACUGGUUCGACGAGAUGAUCGGACAAGCAAACAUCCUCCAUCGAUUCGCGUCCGUCCGAAUGGAACAGAUCCGUGGCUUGAGGGCCCCUUUCCUUAGGGUCGGAUGGAACAGACAAUUCCUUAUGAUGAAAGAGUUUGGAUUCAUGUACGACAGCUCGAUUGUGGUGCCAUUCUCUAACCCUCCAUUGUGGCCAUACAGUUUGGAGUACCGGAUACCACACAACUGCAGCGAAAAUGAUCAACUGUGUCCAACGAGAUCCUACCCAGGAGUAUGGGAGCUACCUGUCAACCAGCUGGAGGCCAGUAACUAUUCGUGCGCCAUGAUUGAUUCUUGUCCAAACAUUGCUUCAUCCAAUGAUGUAUAUAAGCUCUUGAUGCAUAACUUCAAGAGGCACUAUCUCAGUAACCGGGCCCCUUUUGGGCUCUACUUCCAUGCUAGGUGGUUCAAAAAUCCAGACUUUUUGGUUGCUUUUCAGAAAUUCGUGAAAGAAGUACUAGAAAACCCAGACGUCUGGUUCGUGACUAACUGGCAAGCCUUGCAAUGGAUCAAACAUGCCAGGACGCUGAAUGAACUGAACUCCUUCGAGCCUUGGAGGUGUACGAGAAAGAUUGCUAAGUCAGAAAGGGCCUGUAACUCGCCGAAUACUUGCAAAGUGUACAGCAGGGUCUUUCAGCAGGACAGGUACCUGACCACGUGCGCGAAGUGUCCUGCUAAGUACCCUUGGAUUAGGAAUGAGUUCGGAUUAGACUGAUUUAUAGGAUUGGCUUUAGAUUCCUACUGACAGAUGCCGUCCAGGAUAGCCAAACAAGAACCCUUGACUUCAUUAUAGUCUUUGGGAGCCAUUGAGCCUUUAUAUGUCUCCUCAAUUGAAAUGCAGGAAAUUAUUAGGUACCUAUAGGAGUAUAUACCUAAGUGAUCAGGUCACGCUAUCCAAAUCGUGAUUGUUUGACCGACAUAUUUAAAAAUGAUUGCCGAGUUGUACAGCGUUUAUACAACAUACCUUCCUAAACACUGGA